UUCCUCCCCAACAGACAGACAGUACGUCAGAGUUUUAUAUAGAUCUUGUAUAGAUGAAAGAUGUCCGACUGUGUGUAUGCUGAUCCGCUUUGCCCUGCGGAGCUGGAGAGAGGAGAGAAGGUAGAGAAGGUGGUGGAUAUCUAUGACAGUGUUGAUGUGGUUAAAGUUCAUGACCCUGAUGCAGAAACAGAGGAUCCUGACACAAAGAGGAACCUUCAAGAUCAUUACACAGGAAACACUACAUGGUGCAGAUGUUACAGUGUGACUGUGGUGUGUUUGGUGGUGCUGUGUGUUUUCCUACUGACUGCCAUCACAGUGCUGUGGAUCAAAUUUAACAACGUAAAUACAGAAAACAGCCAGCUACAUUCAAGAUUCACCAAUCUGACUAUUCAAAGAGAUAUGUUACAAAGGGAUACAACUGAAAUCCAGAGGUUUUCCAUAUUAGGAUGGAGAUUCUACAAUUCUAGUCUUUACUACAUUUCUGCUGAGAAGAAGGACUGGAAUCAGAGCAGAGAUGACUGCAGAGAGAAAGGAGCAGACUUGGUGAUCAUAAACAGCCGAGAGGAACAAGAGUUUAUUAAACGCAUGUAUGACAGGGCUGCUUGGGUUGGUCUAAGUGACAGAGACACAGAAGGUGAAUGGAAAUGGGUGGAUGGUACACCACUGACCACUGCGUAUUGGAAUAAAGGAGAGCCCAACAGUAAUGGAGACGAGGACUGCGCUGUAAUGAGCUAUGUGAAUAAUCCUGUAGAAAACUGGGCUGACUUUCACUGUAACAAUAAAUUUACCUGGAUUUGUGAAAGGAGAAUUUUUUCUUAACAUGAAAAUGAAUGUAGUCUGUAUUUUAUAUAUAUAUAUAAUUAUUUUUUUUUCUUUUGCAUUUUUUAUCUUCUUACUCAUGAUACAUAAACAUCUAAAUAACAAUUUCUGUUACCACACAUAUAUAUGUAAACCUGAAUUUAACUGUUCCUUUUUAAAGAUGAAGCUUCUCAGACUAAAUCUGUAAUAGUCGAAUCUGCUAUUUUAAUUUAGCUUUUCUGUUUUUUUGGAAUGCAUUUAAUUGAUUAUUUUGGUUUAUCAGACACUGUGAUAUGACUUGCUAAAGGUGAAUAAAAGCUGUGCAUAAAAUUCUUCCUCUUAGAUGUUUGUACUGUUUCUCUGUGUGCACUGAUCUUUUUAUGUGGUUUAAAAUGGUUUAGUAGUCUGAAAUUUACCAACUGGACUCAAAUAUGGCAGCUGAGAUUAUUGAAUUUUCCAUUUUGAGAUAAUAGAAAACAAAUGUCACUCUCGAAAUCUAUAUUGUUACCUUUUAAAACUAUAUACUUUAGUUUAAUUUAUAUAUAAUUGUUGAUAAUAGAAAUUUUUGCAGUAUUUAAUUUUUCUUAUAACACAUUUAUAACAUGCAUUUGCAUGAUGUGAAACAGUCACAAAACAACUUGCUUCCUGUUCUCACUUACCAUCUCACUUACCAUCACUUACAUAAACGGUUGUUUCCUCACCA